AUGUCUCACCGAAAGUUUGAGCACCCAAGACACGGAUCUUUGGGAUUUCUUCCAAGGAAAAGGGCCUCUCGUCACAGAGGAAAAGUGAAGGCUUUCCCCAAAGAUGACCCAACAAAAGCUUGUAGAUUGACUGCUUUUCUUGGCUACAAAGCUGGGAUGACACAUAUUGUACGCGAGGUUGAAAAACCUGGAUCAAAACUCCACAAGAAGGAGACAUGUGAAGCAGUAACAAUCAUAGAAACACCACCAAUGAUCGUUGUUGGGGUUGUGGGGUAUGUGAAGACACCACGUGGACUCCGUUGCCUGAAUACUGUUUGGGCCCAACAUCUCAGUGAGGAAGUGAAGAGGAGGUUUUAUAAGAACUGGUGCAAGUCCAAAAAGAAGGCUUUCACCAAAUACUCGAAGAAGUUCGACAGUGAAGAAGGGAAGAAGGAUGUGCAAGAUCAGUUGGAGAAAAUGAAGAAAUACUGCACUGUCAUUCGUGUCUUAGCUCACACACAGAUUCGUAAAAUGAAAGGGCUUAAGCAGAAGAAAGCCCACCUGAUGGAGAUUCAAGUCAAUGGCGGGGAUGUUGCAAAGAAGGUUGAUUUUGCUUACGGGUUUUUCGAAAAGCAGAUUCCGGUCGAGGCAGUCUUCCAGAAGGAUGAGAUGAUUGACAUUAUUGGGGUGACUAAAGGUAAGGGGUACGAGGGCGUUGUGACCCGUUGGGGUGUGACCCGUCUUCCCCGGAAGACCCACCGUGGACUCCGCAAGGUUGCCUGUAUUGGUGCCUGGCAUCCUGCUCGGGUUUCUUUCACUGUGGCUCGUGCUGGUCAGAACGGGUAUCACCACAGGACUGAGGUGAACAAGAAGAUAUACAAACUGGGCAAGGCUGGGCAGGAAUCUCAUUCUGCCAUGACUGAAUUUGACAGAACUGAGAAGGACAUAACACCAAUGGGAGGGUUCCCUCACUAUGGGGUGGUGAAGGGAGACUAUCUCUUGAUAAAAGGCUGCUGUGUUGGACCAAAGAAGCGUGUCGUCACCUUGAGGCAGUCUCUGUUGAACCAGACUUCCAGGGUUGCCUUGGAGGAUAUCAAGCUCAAGUUCAUCGACACAUCCUCUAAGUUCGGCCAUGGCCGCUUCCAGACAACCGAUGAGAAGGCUAAAUUUUUCGGCAGGCUCAAGGCCUGA